AUGGAAGAAAAAAUAGUCGAGCGCAACAUCCCGAAUUUCGCCUGGGCAGAGCAUGUUCUCUUCGUGAACGACACUGAUAAUUGGCAAUUGAAAGAUCUCGCUCUCUGCAUCCGCCAUCCGCAGUGCCCCUCGAGAACGACGUGGUGCACCUGCAUUCGGCGGACGGAGACCAUUGCGCCUCGUGCUCAGGAAAUUACAACGUUUCUUUGUACCUUGUGCCGCUCCAGUUCCACAGGGUGCAAAAGGGGUGGUGGCGACCCAAGCAGAUAUCAUUCUUCCACAUGCGAAAUCUCCAGCAACGAGGGUAGUGCGAAAGUGUUGGGGGAUUUUGUCACUUCAGUUUCACUAUGUCAACAGCCGAGGAGGGUAUCACUGAACUCGCUCCUCUUGCCCUUCAAAAAGAUGCGCCCUACUCCUGCGCUUGUUUAG